CAUCCUUGUAUUUUGUGUACUGAUGCGUCGAGCCCACUUCGCAACAUCAACAGGAGCUGUGAACUUUUUUUCUCUCUAUCCCCCGCUUCGUUUCAUUCAUAUCUGUCCAGAGAAGGGAAGCACCUCGUGUCUCAGUUUCCUGGAACUCUUCGCUUGCUCCGCGACUCCAGGUCCUGCCUGUAUAUCGGCCGCAUGCAUUGUCAUUGACAGAAUCAUACCAACCUGUCGCAGCAGCUCUCCGGCAACUGACAAAGCGCAGGCAGCUCAAGGCACCCGCCGAUAAGCUUCUCCCUCAGGUCGCAACUUCUUCGCCUUUCCCUUUCCCAACCCUUCUUUUAAAUUUGAAUUUGCUAUUACCGCCAUCUACAACCACACCGCCCUACGAGACGACCGCCGCCAUGUCCGACAGUGAGAGUGUCGACUACCUGCAGCCGGACUUCGAUCCAAAGUCGUUGACGGUGCCGCGACUGCGGUCAAUUCUGGUUACUUAUAAUGUUCAAUAUCCAUCGACCGCAAAGAAGUCAGACCUGAUCGAGCUCUUUGUCGAUCAGGUGCUUCCGCAGUCCAAGAAGAUUCUUGCUGCGCGCGCUCGUGUCAAGCGGAUGAGCCGCGGUAUUGUCGACGCUGAUUCCGAACACACGAGCAGCACUGAUUUCGGCAACGACUACGAGGAUCUGCCACCACCUCCGGCCUCGGUGUCGCGUCGGUCAAGGUCGCCAAGGAAGCCUACGAGGAUCAAGCGCGAGUCGGAAGACCCAGAGCACCUUCCUGUGGUGACGCCUGCGCGAAACCGGGCCAGCAGCCCUCGGAAGAGGACAUCGCGCUCCGUCAGCGCGCAACCACCAUCGUUUUCCGACGCCGAGACUGCCGCCGGGCCUGAGCCACCUCGGACCAUUACCCGCGAAACUCCUUUCAAGACACCCAAGGCAGAGCCGGAUCAGCGCGAUAACUUUUUCAAGCGUACGCCAGAGACGGAGAGCGUGUUCAGCAGUGAUAACCCGUUCCAGAGUGGGGCGAACACUCCCGCAACAGCGAUCAAGACGCCCUCGCAUCGUCGCAAGACGUCAGGGUUUGACUCUGUGAGGAGACAGCAAUUCGUCACGCCUUCGACAUCUCGCCGUCAGACGGACGGCCCCGUGUUUGGGGGCACUCCCGCAACAUCUACAAUCAGCCGAACGUUUGAGAUCCCUGCUGCCAACUACAGGGCUCAGACACCAGAGAUGGAAGCUGGGGAGGAGUUCACUCCUGAUGAACAGUUGGCUCUCAUGCAGGAGGAGGCUGCCAAUCCUCAGCUCGCUCUUGCUCGGCAGCCGCCUCAUCCCAAGAAGAAGUCGAGCUUGUCAACACCAUUCUGGGUUCUAUUUACGACACUCCUUGUCGCCUAUGCUGCUUGGUACAGGCAAGAGAAGGUUGCGGUGGGAUACUGUGGCUUGGGCCGGGAGCCUACCGAACUUAUUCCGUCGACUAUUCGGAUCCCAGAGUGGGCGUCAGAGGUUGCCUCCCGUUUCGAUAUCGAGGAUAUUCAGGUUCCUGAGUGGGUCUUCACCUAUAUUGAACCCCAAUGCGAGCCUUGCCCUCCACACGCCUACUGCUACGAGGACUUCACUGCUCGCUGUGAGCCCGACUUUCUCCUGAAGCCUCACCCGCUUUCCCUCGGCGGAGUCAUCCCACUGCCCCCCACUUGUGAGCCAGAUGGAGAGAAGGUUCGCCGUGUUCAGGCUGUUGCAGACAAGGCUGUCGAGGAGCUGCGGGAUCGAAGGGCCAAGUACGAGUGCGGUGAACCUCUCGAGCCAGAGGGGCAGCCAUUGGACAGCCCGUCGAUCGACGAAGCGGAGCUUAAACAAAUUCUUAGCCAAAAGCGGAACAAGAGAAUGGCCGCUGAUGAGUUUGACGACCUUUGGGUUGCCGCGAUUGGAGAGGUCAAGUCUCGGGGUGAAGUGGAAGUCCACAGCGAUGAAAAUGUAACCGGAAGUGCCGGAGGCUUUCCUACCACCAGUCUAUCGUCCACCUCUCUCGCUGGCCUUCCGCUCACGUGCGCCAUCCAGCGGUCGGCGAAGCUCGGACUGGCAAGACAUCGACUCUCUAUUGGUGGACUAAUCAUGUCGCUACUGUCGAUUCUUUAUGGGCGUCGCCGCUUCCAGAAGAACCGCGCUCUGGCAGCGCGGGUGCCGGCCCUGGUUGACGUUGUCCUUGAUCGCCUCGCCAAUCAGAAGGAACUCGCUUUUGAGGAUGAGAAGGAGGACGCCUUCCUUUUCUUGCCAAACCUUAGGGACGAUCUGCUUCGUUCGAUGCACAGCCUGGCUGACCGGGAGCGCCUGUGGACUCGGGUUCGUGCUCUGGUUGAGCAAAACGCCAAUGUUCGCACCGGGCAGAGGGAGAGUCACAAUGGUGAAGUCGGUCGUGCCUGGGAGUGGAUUGGGCCAAGCAGGAUCGCCAACGGUGAGGGUUCGGCGAGGAGGUCGGGAAGAAAAAGCAUGAGAGUGUCGUGGGGUCCUGGCGUAAAGGAUGAGGAUGAGCAAGAGGUUGUGCCGCACAGGAAGUGGGAGGAGGGACCGGGAAGGCCGAUCUACUGAUCUUUCUUUUCUAUUCUUCUUUCUCCCGUAUAUUUUUUCAUUUGUAUUUAUUUUGCCACAAACUGUUAAUGUUCCUUUUUGUUUUGGGGGGCCUUAUUCCGAGUUAGGACUCUGGCGAGUUAAGAUAGGAAAGACAGAAAGAUCUGCUGCUUAUCGAGGUAGUGGGGAUCUUGAUGGAUGAGGAAGAAAUGGUUCUGAUUUUCCUUGGUGUGUGGUCUUUUUGGUCUUUUAUGGGGGAGAAACAAUGGCGUUUGUGAGGGGGUCGUGUUAUUUUCCUUGAUAUAUCCCUCAUUCUCUCUUUCGGCAACUGGACCUGAGGAUUUCGCAAGACUGAAAUUGUAUGUGUUUGUAAUUGCGUUCCAUACCGCGUAUCAUUCCUUUUUCUCUAUCCAAGUCGUGACUUUAUUCAGGGUAACGGACUCUCUACGAGACUGCCAAACGGUCGCUAGUCGGGGGUAUCAGAAGACCCAUACAUGUAUAGGUAGAUAGCCUUCACAAAAUCCGAAGAGUUUCUACACCCAACAUUGCAAAGAUCUCAACCAAGAUCAGAAAAACUCUUACAGGUAUCAA